GCAGGUGUAAAUACUCUGCUUUUGUGGCGCACCUGCAGGCCAGGCGCAGCAACAAGGCAGCAAACAUGCCGGAGGACGCGACAGCGAGCGAUAAGGGAGCAGCUGAGAGGAAGGCGGCGAGCAUGCGCAGACAGGAAGCUUCUGGAGGCCUGUGGGACUCCGUGAAAAAGGCCGCCGUCGUCAUCGGAUCCGGAAUCUUGUUCUUGGCUGCAUUCGGCAACUCCGUGACCUGGCACCUUCAGAAAUUCUGGGGAGCGUCAGGAGACUUCUGGCAGAACCUAUGGACUAAGUUGUACUUGGCCUUUGAAGGUCAUGAAGCUGCUUUGUUCUUCAUGGGGACGAUGUUUGCCCCCACCGUGGCGUUCUGGGUUUCAAACGGUCUGCUGCUGUUGGUGGACACCACCGGAAAACUGUCCUUCAUCACUCGCUACCGGAUCCAGAUGAACAAGAAUGAGCCGGUGGAUCCGGUGAAGCUGCGUCAGGCCCUGAAGACCGUCAUCUUCAACCACGUGUUCAUCUCGGGGCCCAUGGCGGUGGGGGUUUACUACUUGAUGACCUGGAGAGGAAACCCCUGUGGGCCUGAGCUCCCCACCUUCCACUGGGGUCUGAUGGAGCUCGGGGUUUUCUCCAUCAUUGAAGAAAUUCUGUUUUACUACUCGCACAGGUUGUUCCACCACCCCAGCCUCUACAAGCAUUUCCACAAGCAGCACCACGAGUGGACGGCUCCCAUCGGCGUGAUCUCCAUCUACGCUCAUCCUCUGGAGCACGUGAUCUCCAACACGCUGCCCGUGAUGAUCGGGCCGGUCCUCCUGGGCUCUCACCUGUCCACCACCUGCAUGUGGUACUGUGUGGCUCUCAUCAGCACCACCAUCUCCCACUGUGGCUACCACCUCCCCUUCCUGCCCUCCCCGGAGUUCCAUGACUUCCAUCAUCUAAAGUUCAACCAGUGCUACGGGGUUUUUGGCGUUCUGGACAGACUCCACGGCACGGACGCCAAAUUCAAGCAGACCAAGCAGUACGAGAGGCACAUGCUGCUGACCAGCCUCACGCCGCUGACGCACAGCAUCCCAGACCAUCCCAAGAAGGGUCAGUGACCCCCUCCGACCUCCAGGGACGUUCAGGAAACCACUGUAGGGGGUCUUCAUGUAAGCAGAGAGAGAUGCUGCUCUCCCAAUCGCUCUUAAUUAGGUUUUGAUUGAUCCAAAUUGAGAAACCGGGGUUUCUCUGGUUCUUUUCAGCUUGAUUUUAACAAACAUUUGAACAGUAUGUAACCGUUUACAGGAAAUUCAGUCCAAACAUGAAACUGUUUUGCCAAACUUGUGAUGCAUUCACUUAAAUACUGAUGCACUUUUCUCUGGGGAAGCACUUAGACCUAUAUACUAAAAGGAACUUUUAUGUAAAUGUAUAUUUUCUAUAAUGCUGCAGAAAAAUGGUUUUGAAUAAAUUUUGAAAAAUGUGA